AAUCCACUCACAUCAUUGCCAGAUCAAAGAACCCAAGAAGAAGACAACAACAACAACAGCAACAACAAACCAUCACCCAUCGCCUGCACAGAACUUCGGUCUUGGAUACCCUAGAUCUUCUCCAACUGCUUUAUUGGCUUCGGGGUGACUCAGGCACUACUCCCUCCUUCGCCAUUCGAUAUUGGCCAGAGUCACACCUUCUUUGACUCACUGGAUCCCUACUUCAACAUGUCUUCCCACUUGAGACUCCAAUCCUCCUUCGAGCCCUUCCAGGCCAACGCAACCAUCCAGACAUCGCCAUCUCUACCACCAGCCAAGAAGCAAAAGAUGUCUCUCACACAGACAUACUAUGUGGCGUCCACUGCCCGCAGCAAGCUGGGAAGGGAAGCUGGUCGUGCAGACCACGAUCUGAGACGCUUGGUCGGACACGCCAACCUGUUGGAUACGCUCAUGGUGGAGCUCGCAGACGCGGAACGGGAACAAGAAUCCUGGUUCCACCAGUCUGUCACAACGGCAUCGACGCCAGAAGAGGCUACAUACCAGCCAUGGUCCGACACUCUCGCAGCGGAGGAGUACGAGGACGACUCGGACAUGGAGUCUGACGACGGCUCUGAGAUCUACGAUGAAGCCGAAGAGUUGUUCAACAUCCCCAUCCGCAAGCUUCGAUCACCACAAGUCGAAUUCUCGUGCGAGGCCAUGGAUGACGAAGACAUGCACUCUGACAACGAGGUCGACGAAGACUUGGAUCUAACCCGAGCGCCCACCAACCAACACUCUCCUCCCGAACUCACACUCGACUCCGACUCUUCUGACUCUGAUGAGGAUGACAUACCAUCCUCCCCCGAGCAGCCACUAUUCGAGCUCAGCGACAAGGAACGCGCACAAAUAGCAACGACAACCUUUUACGACAUCAAGUCAUCAUCAGCAGCAACAGCACUACUGGCACAGCAACAUCAACAGCCCAUGAUUGCGGCCUGCUAGAGUCUUUUUUUCAGUUACUGCCUGAUCACACAUUUGGGUUGUCAAAGCGUUUCAGCGAGCGAGCGUUUUUGUUCUUCUUCUUCUUCUACUUCUUCCCUUUUCUUUUUAGCGAGGAGUUGGGCAAAUGGUGGUGGUACCAGGAUACCUCUUCAAGGAAGCUGAACUUUCAUCUCUCAUCUCAAUAUCAGGAACACGAUUAUGGUUAUGGUUUCAGUAGUUCCAUCUUAAGAAUGGAAGAUUAUAGCAGGGCAAGUCCCUCCUUUGGCGGACAGAACGAAAGAGAGAGAAAAAAAGGUUCACACAAAGACUACCUUAUCUAGAUUUCAAAACAAAGUCAU